GACGCAAUAGCGUAACAGGCACGGUCGUAUUAUAUACAUCGUGGUUACGUAGCUGGCUGUGUAUGCUAUAUAUCUAAAAAUGGCUGCAAUAAAGUUUGGACCUCAGUUGAAAGAGUUACGAAUUCUUUUAUGUCAAACCUCGAAAUCUAGUCAGGGUGUCAGAGACUUUAUCGAACAACAAUACGUGCCGCUUAAAAGAAGUAACCCAAAAUUUCCAGUUUUAAUUAGGGAAUGUUCUGACACGGAACCCGUUUUAUAUGCACGAUAUGAUUAUGAAAAUGAAGAAAGAAUUAUCUGGUUGGAAGUUGAAGCAAACAACUUCUUCACAGGAAAACAAUAUUCCACGCAACAAAACAACGAAUUUGAUGGCAGUAACGUUUUUUCCAAUACUAAAUUCGACAUACAGAGUUGGAAGGAAAUGUUUACUGAUAUAUUGUACUAAUAUUGGACUUUUAUGUACAUUCGCAUGACAUUUUGAUAUAAUUAUUUACUGUACCAAGUAUUUGUAGGAAAAGAAACAUAACUUUGUUAGUACGUUUCUAUAUAGUCAGUGGAGGAAUACCUAUUAUUUUGUGAGAGAUAAGUGUGUUAUAUUUAUAGUUUUAAGUGAAAUUUUAAAGAAACAUUAAAAUGUGAAUUUCAAUACGA